UGAGCAAAAAAUAUAUUCUGUAAAAUUAUUUCAUGUUUGUAAAUAUAUUUUUUCAUUUAAACAGUUUUUGAGAUGUUUUGCACAAUUAUAUGUAAAAAGAUGUAUAUUUAGUUUUUAAAAAUGUUAAUUGCAUGACCGUUUGGGAGUAAGGACUUCCGGGGUUGAGAGAGCGAGCGAGAGAAGAGAGAGGAGGAAGAACGUUCGAGAAGGCUGAGUAGAAAGACGUCCGGUAACGGCCGAGUGCAAGAGCUGAGAAAUUGUGGACUUUGUUGAUUGACUUUUGGCGAAAGUGCUCAAAAAGAGGACUUUGAGGACGUCAACCAUCAUUGUUGGAUGCUUUGAGUGGUCUACUCAAGCGGGACGAGUGGAGCUGGUCGCUAAAAAAGAGGCUAACAGUCGCUCGUCGCUAACACAGAGGCUAACGGCCGCGCGUCGCUAACCGAGAAGCUAGCGACGCCCGUCACUAACAAAGAGACUCGUGGUGAGCCCCAACACUUGGCUAAACGUCUAGCGACCUGCUAAACAAGUGAGCGAAGCGUUUGUGGACGAACCAACUGGGAGAAGGGACACUCGACGCCGAAGCCGACGAGGAGGACGACGCCGACCCGCCGACGGAGAGGGAUUCUACGGGCAUCGUGAGAGAGUGGAGCAUCGCCUGUUCAACGAACAUUUGCCUUUCUGAGUGUUUGGAGGAAACAACAUUCAUUAAGGUACCCUCAGUUUUUUUUUUGGCCUUCGGGUGAAGGAGCCAUUUUGUUUAAGGCUACUACGCACGCAAGCAGCGAAUCUGGCCAGCCACGUAAGACAAAUUUAGUUAAUUUUUGCCGGCUUUAGACUUAUUAAUUUGGGCCCAUAGCUUAGCUUGUGUGUGUGGACAAUUUGUGUUGAAACUUAUUUUUUUUGGAGAACAAAUUUUAUUUAAUCUGCCUAUUUUUUUCAUUAAAUGUAUAUAGUUCAUACAUAACUGGUGUGUUUAUUAAGCCAUUUGGUAAGAGGUUUGUGAGGGUUGAAUUGGAAUUUUAAACUGCAAUAGUGAGAAACUAGGGAAAAGAAAUCGAACACUGAUAAUUUAAUAGAAAAUAUUUAUUUUCAAAAUUCACAGUGAAUGCCUAUAUAACAGAUAGUAAGAAUUAAGAUAAUUGAAUUGUGAUUUUUCUAAAAAGGGAAAGAACUCAGGUUAGCCACCUCUCAUAAUAGUUUGUCACACUAGAGAGGCGCUACAUAAAAAUGGAGGCACCGCUGGGAUAAUUUGUAGUUUUUUGCGCAUUCUGUGAAGUUUGUUAGUAAAUUGUGUAGAUUAGUCAGUGAUUCAUUUAAACCCAAAAUGGAAACUCAAGUGCAGUUAGUACAAAAAUUAAAAGAUUGGUGCCAAAGUGAGUCUUUAGAGCAGGCUCAUGCGGUCUUGGUGCUCAUGUUUGAAGAUGUGAACACAGAAGCCAUUGAAGAAACAAUGGAAACGGUGAAGAGUCUUGGACGUGUACGUGUUCGAGCUAGAACGUCAAGCCUACAACAGAAACAAUUUCUAGCUUUGUGUGAAUGCAAAGAAACUGUCGAACGUAAAUCGGUCCCAGUUGAUGUUUACCCCAUUGAUGGUGGAGGACCUUGGACUGUGCUCACAGCUGAUCACUUUCCAGUAACUAGUGAAACACACCGGAAAAUGACCGAACAAGAGCAAGCAGAUAGCAAUCCCACAACGAACGCGCAUGCACCAUCACCCAACACCGAGGAGGCGGCUAAGUCUACAGCAGCCAUUCUACAAGCAGUGAGUGAGUUGCUCGGCAAAACUAAACCGUCGAACGAUUUAGGAAGCUAUCGCCGUUUACGAACAUUUUCAGGAUUGUUGCCCACUCCGGCUGGAGAGGAACAAUUUGAACAUUGGUUACGUCAGGCACGACUACUUGUGGAAGAGUGUGAAUGCUCUGGCAAAGAAAAAAGGCGAAGAUUGAUGGAAAGUUUGCGAGGACCAGCCCUUGAUAUUGUUCAGGCAGCACGCACUGGUGAUCCUGAAGUAAGUCCAGAAGACUGUUUAGAAGCACUUGAGCAUGCUUUUGGGACAGCAGAAUCAGGAGAAGAGCUGUAUUUUGCCUUUCGUUUGUUGCAGCAGCAGCCAGCGGAGAAACUCUCAGACUUCCUCAGACGUCUAGAACAGUCGUUGAGUAGGGUGGUCCAAAGAGGUGGUCUUUUGGCUAAUUGUGCUGACAAAGUAAGGUUAGAACAGUUGUUGCGGGGUGCAGUUGCCUCAGAUAUGAUGCUGGUUAAUCUUCGACUAAGAGAAAGAAAAGCUAAACCCCCAUCGUUUCUCCAAUUGCUAAAGGAGAUUCGCACAGAAGAAGAAUAUGAAGCUUCAAGAAGAAAACAUUUUCCUGUUGUACAAAGUUCACAUGUACAACAAGCUGUUGAUGUAAAAACAACUGAAAUACAACAAUUAAAAUCUGAGAUAAAGGAAUUGAAAGCUUUAGUAGCUGCAGUAGUCUCAAACCCGACUCCCGAAGCCACAAAUGCUCCAAAGAGUCCCGUUAAUGCAAAAGACAGUGAUAGUAACGCUGAUCGAGAAGUUGCUGCUUUGAAGAAAGAGUUAAAACGCUUGCAACAAAAAGUCAGCAAUAAAGUGUUGGAACCUCAAGUGGCUGUCUCAUCAGUGAAAAUGUCCCAACCAGCUAGCACCUAUCCACAACGCCAGCAACAAAGUUCGGAGGAGCGAUUUUGCUAUAAAUGCGGAGAAGGUGGACACUUUGCUGCCAAGUGCCCAAAUUCGGAAAACAAAGCUAAAGUGAUAAAGAAGCUCAUUCAAGCGCUGAAUUUGUCAAAAAACAGUCAAGCAUGCAAUCAGGCCAAAACAACUCAGGUGAACUGUUCAGUCACACAAAGUGCAAUUGAUGUGCCAAAAAUGUCUGGAAUUCCUGAGGGGUUGGUUGGACCACCUAGCUUGGUGACAUUGAAAGUAAAUGGGCACGAAGGUACUGCUUUGAUGGAUAGUGGUUCCCAGGUGACAAUAAUAUUUGAUUCCUGGUACCAGCAACAUUUGGCUGAUGUUCCCAUUUCUCCAGUUGAAGGACUAGAUUUAUGGGGAUUAAGUCUGACAGAUGUUAGCUAUCCUUACCGUGGAUAUGUUGUAGUCGACUUUGAAUAUCCAGCUGAGGUGUUUGGGACGAGUCAAAUAGUCACGGUCUUAGCCCUCAUAUGUCCCAGUCCAAGAGUGGAAGGACAAGCUUCAAUAAUUGUUGGCACCAACACAAGUCAUGUCAGACGGUUGGCCUACCAGUUUAAAGACAAUGCUAAUGUCAUGAGUGCACUAGGGCUUCGUGUUUCUGUCGGCACAAAUAAAAGUACGCCGUCAAGUGUUGAGCUACCAGCUCAAGAAGGCGACGAAGCUGGGCGUGUUCGAUGGAUGGGACCAGGUCCUUUGUUGCUGUCACCAGAUAAAGCGAUGCAAAUUGUGUGCAAAGUUGACCUAAAGCACCCAGUUGAGCAAGAAAUCCUGAUGAUGGACACGGCACCAGUAACCACAUUACCUGCUGACGUGUUUAUUCAUCCAAUGAUUGUGCCCAGUGAAGCAUUAGAAAUCAACAGUUUCCGAAUACUGGUAAAAAAUGAAUCAACAAGAGACAUUUCUCUUCCAGUGGGAACAGUAAUUGGGAGUAUGUUUCACAUUGACUCAGUGGAGAACAUUCCACCCAAAGAGGAGACUCCCUCAGAGUUUGAUGCAAGCCAAAUCAACUUCGGGGAUUCCACAAUAUCUGAACAGUGGAAGAACAGACUACGACGAAAGCUUGCCCAGAAGUCUCAUGUCUUCUCAGUACAGGAGUGGGAUGUGGGAUUGGCAAAAGGGACCGAGCACAGCAUCCGAUUAACAGAUUCCAGGCCUUUUCGACAAAGAUCUCGUCGAUUAGCACCAGCAGACAUUGAAGAUGUAAGAAAGCAUUUGCAAGAACUGCUAAAAGCUGGCAUCAUCAAAGAGUCUCGUAGCCCCUAUGCGUCUCCAAUAGUCGUUGUCAGGAAAAAGAAUGGGACUGUGAGAAUGUGCAUUGACUACAGAUUAUUGAACAGUCGUACAAUACCUGAUCAAUAUACGACGCCAUGCAUUGAAGAUGCUUUGAACGCUCUGACAGGAAGUCAGUGGUUCUCCGUGCUUGACCUGCGUUCAGGGUAUUACCAGAUUCCUAUGUCAGAAGAGGACAAGGAAAAAACGGCGUUCAUUUGCCCAUUAGGAUUUUUCCAGUUUGAACGAAUGCCUCAAGGCAUCACAGGAGCUCCAGCAACAUUUCAGAGGUUAAUGGAGAAAGCUGUGGGAGACAUGAACCUUUUGCAAGUUCUAGUGUACCUUGACGACCUAAUUGUUUUCGGUAGAACACUUGAAGAGCAUGAAGAAAGGCUGCUCAAGGUCCUAGACAGACUUGGAGAGGUUGGGUUAAAACUUUCAGUCGAUAAGUGUCAAAUCUGUCUUCCUAGAGUUAAAUAUCUGGGGCAUAUAGUGUCAGCCGAUGGUGUCACCCCUGACCCAGAAAAGAUAGAAGCAGUAACCACCUGGCCCAUGCCAACAAAUCUGAAGACGCUGCAAUCGUUUCUAGGUUUUUGUGGCUACUACAGAAGAUUCAUCCAACGUUAUGCAGAAAUAGUCAGGCCACUGACUGAACUCACCAAAGGCUAUGCACCUACUCAGAAGAGUAAGAAGAAAGCUCCCGAUCCAAACAAAGUCUAUCUGAAAGAGUCAGAGCCUUUUGGAGAAAGGUGGAACAAGUCUUGCACUGACGCGUUCCACAAAAUCAUACAUUGCCUAACCCAUGCACCUGUAUUGGCUUUCGCAAAUCCACAAAAGCCUUACAUUCUGCAUGUGGACGCAAGCUUGAAGGGACUUGGGGCAGUACUUUACCAAGAAUACCCGGAAGGUCUGCGCCCGGUUGCUUUCGCAAGCAGAAAGUUAAGCGCAUCUGAACGAAACUACGCUAUUCAUCAGUUGGAGUUUUUGUCCCUCAAGUGGGCCGUUGUGGACAAAUUCCAUGACUAUUUGUAUGGAGCAAGAUUCACGGUACGUACUGAUAACAACCCUCUAACGUACGUACUAUCAACUGCCAAGCUCAAUGCGGUGGGGCACCGUUGGCUCGCUGCCUUGUCCACAUAUGAGUUUGAUGUCCAGUAUAGACCAGGCCGACAGAACAUCGACGCUGACCUGUUGUCAAGAAACCAAGUCAGCUCUGAAGAUGACAGUUGGGUAACUAUACCACCGUCUGGGGUCAAGACCCUUUGUCAUCCUGCCUGCAAUUCAGAACCCACCUAUACUACACCAGUGUAUGUCGCUCAGUUAGGUGCAUCGUCCAAGUGCAUUCCAGACCUGUAUGCACAUCCCACACAAAUUCAGUUGAAUUCCCUUGAACAGAUGUCCAAGCAAAGUCUGACAAGAGCUCAAGAGGAAGACGAAGCCAUCAGAGAAGCUGUAAAGGCCAUAAAGCAUGGACACUGGCCUGAUGCACCCACAAAUUCUGAAAUAGUUAGACUUCAAAGAGAAGCAGGAAAACUUUCGUUGAAAGAUGGAUUGUUGUACCGCCUAAGCAAAAAACCUUCUGGAGAAGAGGUCAGUCAACUGGUUCUUCCGAAAAUUUUCCGCAAGAAUGUUAUGCAAGCCAUGCAUGAUGAUCUUGGGCACCUUGGACAAGAAAAAACUGUUGAUCUGCUCCGGAGUAGAUUUUUUUGGCCCAAGAUGGCAUCGGAAGUGGAAGAGUACAUUCGAAAUUGUGGCGAGUGUGUCACUCACAAGACAUCUGCGCAAAGAUCAGCUCCAUUGCAACAGAUCAUAAGCCAUGGACCCAUGGAUUUGGUGUGCAUGGACUUUCUAUCAAUGGAACCAGACUCAAAGGGGAUCAGUAACGUCCUAGUAGUCACUGACCAUUUCACCAGAUACGCACAGGCAUUUCCGACCAAAAGCCAAAAGGCACAAGUUGUGGCAAAGACACUUGUGGAAAAGUAUUUUGUGCAUUAUGGACUUCCUGCAAGAAUACAUUCUGAUCAAGGUAGAGACUUUGAAAGUCGUCUGAUAAAAGAAAUGUUGAACCUAAUGGGUAUUCGAAAAUCAAGAACCACGCCAUAUCAUCCUCAAGGUGACCCACAGCCAGAGAGGUUCAACAGAACUCUGAUCUCCAUGCUUGGUACGCUUGGUCGAGAGAAAAAACGUAGCUGGAGUCAGCAUGUGCCCUAUCUCGUCCACUCAUACAACAGCACAAAAUGUGAUUCAACGGGGUACUCGCCUUAUCACCUAAUGUUUGGUAGGGAAGCGAGACUACCCGUUGAUCUCUGUUUUGGUACGUCCCCUGAUGGCAUAGAGAGUGCAUGCCACAGUCGCUACGUCGCAAAGCUAAAAGAAGACUUGAAGCAAGCAUACAAGUUGGCCUCUGAUGCUGCAGACAAAAGACACCAGAGAAACAAAAAACUGUAUGACCAGAGAGUAACUUUUCAGUCCAUAGAGAUGGGUGACAGAGUUCUACUCCGAAAUUUGCGCCUGAGAGGAAAACACAAGUUGGAGAGCAAGUGGAAUCCUGAACCCUACGUGGUAAUAGGAAGGAUGCCAAAUCUGCCUGUGUUCAAAAUCAAACGCGAGGAUGGACGGCCAGGUACAAAGACAAUCCACAGGGAUCAUCUUCUGCCUAUUGGACAGUUUGUUAGAAUGCCAUCUGAGUGUCAGGCUGAAGAGCCACCUCCCAGGCCCAAGACCAGAUCAAACAGUUCCAGAAAUAAUCCGAGAGUUCCAACUCGAGAGACGAGAGAGCUACAAGAAACCUCAGAUUCAUCGUCUGAUAUGGAGUAUUUCAUUAUUCCCCAAACUGCCAAGUCACCUACAGCACAAAGAGUGAGGAAAGCUGCUAGAUCAGAGAAUACAGAGAAUGACAUUGAAUUCGACCAUGAUCCUAUCUUUGAAUCCCAACAUGACCAAAACUCGGAGUCAGAUCUGGAUUUAAGUGAAGAGGAGCAUCUUGAAGAGGAAUCUGUGGAAGAGGAUGGAUUGGAUCCAGAAAGUAUAACCCAUGAAUCUCAAGACAAGAUAGAUGAGGAAUGUGAUGAGAAUUCAGAAGAGGAAAAUGAAGUGGAGUUGGAGUCAGAUGAAGAAGUUCCCAAGAAUGAAGAUUCAGAAGGCAGUCUAGCACCCAAGACUCGUUCUAAGCCUGAUUCUAAAAGACUCCGUAAACCUACUCUUAGACUUACAUAUGACGAGCUCGGUAAACCUAGUGAACAGUCUUUGACUAUAGUUCACCGUGGUAUUGUCAUUAAGAUCGGUAAACAUUAAAUUGUUUCCCAAACCAGUGCCCAAAUUUAGUGUCUGGUGAGGACACAGACAUUUUAAAAGGGGGAGGGUGUAACAUAGUUAAAAAUACAUCAGUAUUUUCAAACAAAUGUUAUAUUAAUAGUUGGAGAAAUAAAAGUUUAUAAGGUUUACAUCCAUUAACCACCAAGUUAUGUGUUUACUAUAUAUUAUGAGCAAAAAAUAUAUUCUGUAAAAUUAUUUCAUGUUUGUAAAUAUAUUUUUUCAUUUAAACAGUUUUUGAGAUGUUUUGCACAAUUAUAUGUAAAAAGAUGUAUAUUUAGUUUUUAAAAAUGUUAAUUGCAUGACCGUUUGGGAGUAAGGACUUCCGGGGUUGAGAGAGCGAGCGAGAGAAGAGAGAGGAGGAAGAACGUUCGAGAAGGCUGAGUAGAAAGACGUCCGGUAACGGCCGAGUGCAAGAGCUGAGAAAUUGUGGACUUUGUUGAUUGACUUUUGGCGAAAGUGCUCAAAAAGAGGACUUUGAGGACGUCAACCAUCAUUGUUGGAUGCUUUGAGUGGUCUACUCAAGCGGGACGAGUGGAGCUGGUCGCUAAAAAAGAGGCUAACAGUCGCUCGUCGCUAACACAGAGGCUAACGGCCGCGCGUCGCUAACCGAGAAGCUAGCGACGCCCGUCACUAACAAAGAGACUCGUGGUGAGCCCCAACACUUGGCUAAACGUCUAGCGACCUGCUAAACAAGUGAGCGAAGCGUUUGUGGACGAACCAACUGGGAGAAGGGACACUCGACGCCGAAGCCGACGAGGAGGACGACGCCGACCCGCCGACGGAGAGGGAUUCUACGGGCAUCGUGAGAGAGUGGAGCAUCGCCUGUUCAACGAACAUUUGCCUUUCUGAGUGUUUGGAGGAAACAACAUUCAUUAAGGUACCCUCAGUUUUUUUUUUGGCCUUCGGGUGAAGGAGCCAUUUUGUUUAAGGCUACUACGCACGCAAGCAGCGAAUCUGGCCAGCCACGUAAGACAAAUUUAGUUAAUUUUUGCCGGCUUUAGACUUAUUAAUUUGGGCCCAUAGCUUAGCUUGUGUGUGUGGACAAUUUGUGUUGAAACUUAUUUUUUUUGGAGAACAAAUUUUAUUUAAUCUGCCUAUUUUUUUCAUUAAAUGUAUAUAGUUCAUACAUAACUGGUGUGUUUAUUAAGCCAUUUGGUAAGAGGUUUGUGAGGGUUGAAUUGGAAUUUUAAACUGCAAUAGUGAGAAACUAGGGAAAAGAAAUCGAACACUGAUAAUUUAAUAGAAAAUAUUUAUUUUCAAAAUUCACAGUGAAUGCCUAUAUAACAGAUAGUAAGAAUUAAGAUAAUUGAAUUGUGAUUUUUCUAAAAAGGGAAAGAACUCAGGUUAGCCACCUCUCAUAAUAGUUUGUCACACU